AUGAAUCAUAUGGAUUUCAACACUCUUGCCACCGAAUUCACCCAAUUCUACUACAAACAAUUUGACCAAGACAGAAGUCAAUUGGGUAACUUAUACAGAGCUGAUUCCAUGCUUACUUUUGAAACCUCUGAAUGUCAAGGGGCCCAAAGCAUCAUUGAAAAGCUUGUUUCUUUGCCAUUCCAACGUGUCGAACACAAGAUUGCCACUUUGAACGCCCAACCAGCCAGUGCUAACGGUGAUGUUAUUGUGUUGGUUACCGGUCAAUUGUUGUUGGACGAAGAACGUAACGCACAAAACUACUCCCAAGUGUUCCACUUGAUGCCAGAAGGUAACGGGUACUACGUGUUGAACGAUAUCUUCAGAUUGAACUAUGGUAUGUGA